UUUGACUACUUGUAUAUAAUUCAUCCCUCUUAAACAAAAUUAAACCAAAAAUACUCUCAUUCUCUCAAAGACAUUACCAUUUUUUUUUUCAUUUCUUGAAGAAUCAAGAAAAUCUUUAAGCAUGGCAGAAAGGGUCUACCCUUCUGCUAAACCGGCCACUAACGGCACCACCGCCACAACAACCACCACCACCAACAACAACACUUCAUUUCCCGCCACCAAGGCUCAACUCUACGGCGCUAGCCGCCCAGCAUACCGUCCACAACCUCAAAGAAAACGCAGCCACCGCCGUUGCUGUUGUCUCUGUUGCAUUUGGACCACCGUUAUAAUUCUCACUCUCCUCCUUCUCGCCGCCCUAGCCGGCGUCAUUGUCUACGUUAUGUACCGUCCCCACCGCCCUACCUUCACCGUCUCCGCCUUCAAAGUCUCAUCACUCAACCUCACGUCGUCAACUUCCCAUCUCAACACUAAUAUCAACAUGAACAUUACUACAAAAAACCCUAACAAAAAACUCGUUUAUAUUUACAAUCCCGUAACAAUCUCCGUUACUACAGCAAAAGAUAACAUUCUCAUCGGAAACGGAGUCUUACCGUCGUUUGUUCACGGAGCAAAGAACACAACUCUGUUGAAAGGUAGCAUUACAAGUAACGGAAAUCAAAAACUCGACGAUAGCUCCGUUACUCAGUUAAAAACAGAUUUUAAGGGCAAAAAUGGCGUUGAUUUAAAGAUGGAGAUGGAUACAAAAGUUAAAUUAAAACUUGAGGGACUAAAAACACCAAAAGUUGGAAUUAGAGUGACUUGUGAAGGAAUCAAAGCUACUGUUCCGAAUGGUAAAAUUGCAACUUCAGCUUCUGUUUCUAAUGUUAAAUGCAAAGUUGAUUUGAGGAUCAAGAUCUGGAAAUGGACAUUUUAGAGUUUAAAAAAGGUGUGAUUUUUUUUUUUUAAUUAAUAUGCAAUUCUUUUGUUUUCCAUUUGCAUCAAGAACAUAUAAAUAUUUUUUUCUUAAUUUUUGUUGGUUUUAUAUGUUUUGUGAAUUGAAGAAAGUUUGAUGAUUGAUUGUAAUAUUAGCUUAGGAGUAUUUGUUAUACAGAUUUAAGAGAAUUUUUGUUUA